AUGAUUAGAAUAUUAACAAAGAGUAUUGUAAAUAAUACCAGUAGAGUAUUAAUUAACAAUAAUAAUAGUAUUAAAAGUGGUAUUAUUGGAUUUAAUAAUUUUUCAACAACAUCAAACAACACUACAACAACAACAGUAGCAGAAUUAAAAGUUAUUGAAAGAACACCAGGUGUUGCCGCACCAAAUAAAAGAGCAACACCACCAAAAGUACCAAAAAGACGUCCAGAUAAAAUUAGAUCAAUCAAAUAUGAACAAUACUCUGGUAUUCCAAGAAUUGCAGCAAAAGGUUUUUUCAGAAUUACAACUAAAGGUUUCGAUUAUUACUUUUUUGAUGUAAGAUCAAGUGAAAAUUUCGCAAAGGAAUCAAUCGUUGGUGCUGUCAAUCAUCCAGUUGAAAACAUUGAAGAAUCAAUGAAAGAAUUACGUGAUAAAUCUUCUUUAAUCAUGGUUAUGGGUGAAAAGGAAAGAGGUUGGCCACAAGCUUGUGAAGCUGCUCUCAAACUUCAAAAUAAUGGUUUCAAAAAUGUUAUUGUAAUUGAAGCUGGUAUUCAAGAAUUAGUUGAAAAAGGUUUCUUUUAUACUUCUGAAAAAGAUUUUAUUUAA